GGCGUGUAAACAAAACACUCCACGUGCCCUCAUUUAACAAUCGUUUUCACGUUUUACUUUUCACUUUUCACUUAGGCAAUCACAAAAACGAGUCUGAUCUGAAUCGGAUCCAGCAAUCACUCUCCAUUCCACUGUCAUAGUGACAUUCACCGCCUCUUGCUUCUUCCACCAAAUUACUAAUUUUUACAGCUACAUGAACAACAACAAACGCCCUAAUUUAGGAAGCUAAUUCCCAAGAAUAACCGAAUCAGAUCAAAAGCCCCCUUCAAUUAAUCCCAACCUAACAUGACCAACACCCAUCUCAGAAAACCCUUUAAACAACUCCCCAUCCCAAUCAUAAUCUCCACCCUCCUCAUCCUCUCCAUGGCAUCCCUCUCAUUCCUCCUCCUAUUCCUCUCUCUCUCAUUCUCCAACUCUCACUCCUCCACCACUCUCCACAUCCAACAAGCCUGCAAAGCAACACGCUUCCCUCAACAAUGCCAAACCUCCCUCUCCUCACUUUCCCACAAUCUUCCCGCAAACCCUAACCCCCUCCACAUCAUCCAUUCCGCAAUCUCCCUUUCUUCCAUAAACCUCAACAUCGCUCAAUCCAUGCUCAACUCCAUCCUAGACGCUUCUGCAGGCAACCACUCCCGCAUCAAUGUCGCCAAAAGCUGCCUCCAGGUUUUCCACUACUCUCACCACCGUACCUCUCUUACCACACACGCGCUCUCACGUGGGAGAAUCAAGGACGCACGCGCCUUCAUGACUGCUGCAUUGUCUUACCAGUAUAGCUGUUGGUCUGGUCUUAAAUACGCUAACGACACUGAAUUAGUUUUCAAAGCUAUGUCGUUUCUUGAGUCUCUCACCGGCCUCUCCAGCAAUGCUCUCAGCAUGAUUCUCUCUUAUGAUCUCUUCGGUAAUGACACUCAUUCAUGGAGGCCACCUCGCACUGAGCGCGAUGGUUUUUGGGAGGAUUCCGGCUCGGGUGUAUUCGGCCCGGGACCUUCGGUGCCGGCGAAUCUUACGCCGGAUGUUAAGGUGUGUAAGGACGCGGGCAGUGGGUGUUACGGGACGGUUCAGGAAGCAGUUGAUGCUGCGCCGGAUAAUGUGGACAUUGGUGGAGGGAGGAGAUUUGUGAUACAUAUAAAGGAAGGGGUUUAUGAAGAGAGGGUUAGGAUUCCGUUAAGGAAGAGGAAUGUUGUGUUUUUGGGGGAUGGCAUUGGUAAGACUGUCAUCACCGGCUCUGCAAGUGUUGGACUACAGAAGGGAAUGACAACAUAUAACUCUGCCACGGUUGGGGUUGUUGGGGAUGGAUUCAUGGCGAAGGAUCUCACAUUUGAAAACACAGCAGGUGCGAAUGCACACCAAGCAGUAGCAUUCAGAUCAGACAGUGAUCUUUCUGUUAUCGAGAAUUGUGAAUUCAUAGGCAAUCAAGAUACUCUCUAUGCUCAUUCCCUGCGCCAGUUUUAUAAAUCUUGCCGUAUCAUAGGUAAUGUGGACUUCAUCUUUGGAAACUCAGCUUCAUUCUUCCAAGACUGUGAACUCCUAGUCCAGCCUAGGCAAGCGAGGCCAAAGAAAGGGGAGAACAACGCCAUUACUGCACAUGGCAGAACUGACCCUGCUCAGUCGACAGGUUUUGUUUUCCACAAUUGCUUGAUUAAUGGUACUGAAAAAUAUAUGGAGUUGUAUUAUGACAAGCCUAAAGUACACAAGAACUAUCUCGGAAGACCGUGGAAGGAGUAUUCUAGAACAGUUUUUAUUAAUUCGUUCAUGGAAACCAUAAUCACACCACAGGGUUGGAUGCCAUGGAGUGGAGAUUUUGGACUGAAUACACUCUACUAUGGGGAAAUCGGAAACUCUGGACCCGGUUCUAAUUUGACUAAGAGAGUGUCCUGGAGUAGUCAGGUUCCUGCUGAACAUGUGUACACGUAUUCACUGCAGGGUUUCAUUCAAGGAGAUGAUUGGGAUAGCCGUAUCAGUUAUUAGUUCAUCAUGGGACAGAGUAAAUUAUGGUAGAGCUAUGAUUAUGAAUAGGAGGUUUCGGUAAAUGGGGAAUUUUUCAUAUUCUUUUCCACAUCUACUUUGCAAACUGCUGAUACAAGGAGGAUUUCAAUAAAGCCAUGGAGAGGGUGGAGUUCCAAAUCUUGCAUCAGUUCUGCUGGUAGAUACACUUUAGGGUUGUUCCUACUCAUUUUUAUUAGGUAGACCCUCUGUCCCCGCAUAUUCUUCUUUUAUUAUGUGAUGGCUGUGGUAUAGAAUGAUGAUCUGAUCAUAUAAAAUUAGUAAAUUUCAUUCCAGAGCUUUCCAUCCGAUGUAACUAUACGAAGAGGAUAUCGAAGUAAAAUCCAUUAUGGUGA